GCUCGUUGCCGCCGCGGGAGGAGGAGACUGUUGAUCCACCUGGGUAGGUGCAACAACGCUUGCAACAAAAGUCCCGUUGCUACCACCCUCCCUUCCCCCAUCCCUGUUGUUCGAAACAGCGAGACGGAGAGAACAUGGAGGUGAGGAUGACCAUGAAGCUGUUAUUGCUGCUGGUGAUCUGCUGUGCACUGCUCUCCCCCCCGGCUGCUGCAAGACCUCCGCAGAGGCAGAAACGUGUUAGUGACCAGCGUCUGGCCGAGCUGGAGACGUUGCUGGCCCUGGCCAAGAUGAAGAACAGGAAGUACGUUACUCUGCCUGUCGGAUUUGGCCUUAUUGACGUCAAGCAGAUCGGGCGCCGCAAGAGGUCCGCCUCGACUGCCGUUGGAGUAGCACCUCAGGACGGAGGACAAGGAGAGUACGAGUACGACAUCGGAGAUCUCAUUUCCGACCUCUCGAGCGCCCUCAAUGUUCAAGCCCUGAAGGAAGACCGCAGUCUAGAGGAGACCAACUACCCCAUGGAGGAGGCCAACCUGGAGGACGAGCUCAGGGAGGACAGGAAAGCUGGCAGGAUGAAAGAAGGUCUUGUGCAUGCCGGCUUCAGGGAAACCCCACCCACUAUUCUCUUUGGCAUGAGAGGCGUUCCUCGCCACAGGUUGAUCUAGGUGCUGAGAGGCGCAUCAAACACCCGCAAGAUCCGCCUAAGUUUGAGUUUAUUUGAGCUCGUCAUGUGCUGUUCUAACUUUUAUUGAGUUGAGCGUUAACACGUCGGUCGCAGUGCAGGGAGACGCAACCACCAGCUUCCUCGUGGGAUGAACGAGAUGAUGAAGUGCAGACUCGUUCAUCUCCUUAGCAUGACUUCCUGACCGGCUCUAGUAGCAUCUGCUGAUACAACUACUAAACUAGGCCAUUGAAAGACACUUUUGACAGGUAGUGCCUUUAUUUUACGAAGUUACUCUCACAGUGGUACUUACUAAAGUGGUACUUGAUAAAGUUGCACUUGAUGAAGCUCCACUGAGUGAACUGUAAAGUAAAGAUUUUUUUUUUUACCCUCCUGCUUAAGUGUCUCUGACUUAGCACUUUGUGGCUUGUGACAUCACCCACCAAGCCCUGAGCCACUCUCCAGGGAACAAUAACCCCAUGAAUAGUGCCACCAUUGACCUAGUGAUUACGUCUUCGAGUAACAAGAGAGGUGAAACAAAUCAUUGAAAAAGAUGCCCUUUCUCCGCUCACUUGCUUCCAAGUCUAUGUAUAUAUGUAUGUCAAAUUCACGAGUUUAUUUCAGCCAAUAUCAAAGAUUUAUACGUAGAUAGGAAACAAUGAAAAAAAAAUGUGUCGGGAGAGGUUGGUUACUGUCCCAUCUUAGUGGAGGUAAUAUGGAAAUUUAACGAGGGGGUUAAAUUAUUUUUUUUUUUUUUUUUAACUCUUUUUGAAGUCUUCAUUAAAUGAUCUGCUAUACUGGCUUCAUUUUCUGAAGAUUCUCUUGACUAGCUUUCGCCAAAAAAAAAAAAAAAAAAAAUAUAUAUACGUUGAUUUGUAUUAGAUUCUUCAUCUGUAUUAGCCAUUGUAAGACGUAUGUUUGACCAGCCAACAUAUAUUGACUAACACAUCUGUUUUUCCU